CAAGGCUUGAUUGCCCACGCAUGCGCAGAAGCACAGCAUGGGGUGCGAGCCGCUGAACCCCUUCGCAGGGGCUGUAGAGAUCAUUGCUAGGAAGAACUCUGGGUACAAUAAUGAACUCGAUGUACUUGGUGACGGCUCCCAUCUUAAGAUCUCACCUAAUAAAUACUUCAGUGAUACCUAGCCAAAUGGAAACGCUUUCAUACCUUGGCGUCGCUAGCUAUAGAAUGAUGUCAACCUAUAAAUCCCCAAAGAAGAUGAGAGAAUAUUAUCGGCUACUGAAUCUUGAUGAAGAUUGCUCUGCAGACGAUGUCAGAGAAGCUUUUCGUAAGCUUGCCAAGCAAUACCAUCCGGAUAGUGGCUCUGGUACAGCUGAUGCUGCAACCUUUAUACGGAUUGAAGAAGCCUAUAGGAAUGUGCUUUUACAUGUGGUAAAGCAAGCAAAGGUCAGACAGAAGAAAGCUGACGACACGGAAGAAGAAGAUAAAUUCAAAUAUAAAACACCCCAACACAGACAUUAUUUAAGUUUUGAGGGCAUUGGUUUGGGGACUCCCAGCCAACGAGAGAAGCAAUAUAGGCAAUUUAGAGCAGACCGUGCAACUGAACAAGUGAUGGAUUAUCAAAAGCACAAGCUGUACAGCCAGUAUUUUCCAGAUAGUCUCAUUAUUAAAGACGUAAGAGAAAGUAAAAAGCAAAAGAUAACGCAAGCAAUCGAACGCUUAGUUGAGGAUCUCAUUCAGGAGUCGAUGGCAAAAGGAGACUUUGACAACCUCAGCGGGAAAGGAAAACCUCUGAAGAAAUUUUCUGGUUGUUCAUACAUUGAUCCCAUGACUCAUAACUUGAACAGAAUAUUGAUCGAUAAUGGGUAUCAACCAGAAUGGAUCCUAAUGCAAAAGGAAAUAAAGGACUCUAUUGAACAACUCCGAGAGGCAAUUUUAGCAUCAAGAAAAAAACUUGGGAAUCCGAUGACACCAAAUGAACAGAAACAGUGGGACCAAGUAUGUGAGCAAUUUCAAGAAAACGUCAGAAAACUGAACAAGCGAAUUGAUGAUUUUAAUUUAAUUGUUCCCCUCCUGACCAGGCAGAAAGUCCAUUUUAAUGUACAGAAAGAAAUUAUCAGGACUCAGAAAAUAUAUGAGACCCUUACAGAAGCCAAAGAAGCCACAGUUAACUUAAGUCUCAUUGGCCAGGGAGAAGAGAAAGCACCUGAAGUCAAGACAAGUGGUUUUAAGUGGAUGAAUUUAUGGAGAUUUAUUAAAAUAUGACCAUUUCAAUGUUCACCAUCAUAGUCCUGCCCCAGGUCACUUUCACUUGCACUAACAUCAAAUACAGAGUUUAUGAUCUAAGAAUUGAGAGUCUUUGUACUUUAUGUUAAAGAAUCACAUACCUGUGAUGUGUGAGAAAGCUGUCAGAAUCAGAAAAAAAUUUUCACCCACAGCUUUGCUCAGAGAGAGAGAGAAGAGAGAAAAGAGGGUUCUUACAUCUAAAUGAAAUCAUUUCAGAGUUUAAAUAUUGUCAGGUAAAAUGAGCUAGGAUGGGUACUCAGUCUUGAGAUACAUACAAGGUACACCAAAAUUCAUAUGACAACUGUUACUCUUCACCGUCUUCAAACACAGGUACUUAAAAACCAAACACACAAGCAAAGUAAAUAAUAAAUAUUAUUAUCCUAAAUCACAAAAGUAAAGAAGUAUAAUGACACCGAUUCAACUAAACUUCUAAUUGAAGUAUAGUUUUUCUAAGUUUACAGUAUUUAUGCUUCUGAGGUUAUUAAAGCUUAAACUGUACUAAGUUUUGGGGACACCUAUGUGAGUGGAAAUUUAAUACCAGGAAAAUAGACUAAUGGAGUUAGUGAACUCUUUUUUCUAUAUGCCCUUUUUAGUAGGUACUGGAUGACAAAAACUUUGCAGCAGCUGGGUGGUUGUCUUGUCUCAGUUGGUGAUUCAUUGGCUGUAGAAUUGAUCAAUUUAGUUGAUUUAGCUAAUCUAGAAAUAUACUCUAUUGUCAUUCUUGGAAAGUUUGAAUAGAUUUUCUGACCAUUCAGAGGUUAAAAAAAAGUCCCUGGGUUCAAUGGAAAUUUAGGAUUUCACUUCAAGCUUCAUCUUUAAUUGGAGAUUGAAAUAUUAAGUAUCCAUAAAUCUACCUUAAGCCUCUUUAUAUCGAGUAUCAGACUUCUGAGAGGUGUUUUCAACCAUAUGAAAAUACCUAUUUCCUGUCUUGGGAAUCCUUCAAUGAAGAUAUUUAAAAUUUUUGCCAGUUUAUACCUUUGGCAAAUGACAAUAUGUUAAUUAUUAUGAGAUUGUUGUUUUCAUUUUCAGAAUACCUGACAUUUCAGGAUUGUGUAACUGUUUUCUCCACCAAGAAUUGGGCAAAUGGAAGGAUGUGAAGGGUGCUUGAAUGGUCUACAUUUAAUCCAGAAUGCUGUUAGAGAUGUGGUUCAAGAGAAGCCUGGCUCCUGCCACUCUGGUUUUAGAAGAAUAAGUUACUUUGUGAAGGUUGCAAUUGUUAAAACAAUUAAUAAAACUUCAUCUUCAAAAGGAUAUUUUGCACCAUUCUGUUAAGAUGAUUGAAUAGUUAGUUAUUUGAUUGAAUGAGUCAUUUGCUGCUAUAAUGAUAGUAUUACUAUAAAUACAAUUUUGAAUAGAAUGCAAUAGAGUUUUAUACCUAUGGUUUCAAAACUUUUUAGAUGACUGAUUCUGUGAGUCCUCUUAAAAAUGGAAAUUAGGUGUAGCCUGGGAGCCAUGGUGGUGUAAUGGUACCUCAUUGGGCUGCUAAGCAAGAAACCAUGAGCCUUUCCGCUGGGGAAAUAUGAAACUUUCUACUCCUGUAAAGAGUUGCAGUCUUGGAAACUCACAGAGGCAGUUCAACUCUGCCUAUAGGGUUGCCAGGAAUUGGCAUCAACUCCAUGGUAAUGAGUUUGGUUUUGAAGGCUUAGCAUACCUAACUGCAUUGCAGCCAAACUAUUUUUAGUAUUAGAUAAUAGGAAAGGUAAGGUUACCAGAAACUUUCAGUACAUUCUUAAUUUCAGUAUAGCAUAUUUUGUUUGAAAAUGUGUCUAUAUCAAUAAAGAUAUUUUGAUUAUUA